AUGGUUAAGGUCGCUGUUUUAGGUGCUGCCGGUGGUAUCGGUCAGCCAUUGUCGCUUUUGUUGAAGUUAAAUCCCAACGUUGACGAGUUGUCGUUGUUUGAUGUCGUCAAUGUCCCAGGUGUCGGUGCCGACUUGUCCCACAUAAACUCGGACUCCACCACCCAAGCUUUCGUGCCUUCUUCUAAGGAAGACAAGACCGCUUUGGCUUCUGCCUUGAAGGACUCGGACUUGGUCAUCAUCCCAGCAGGUAUCCCAAGAAAGCCAGGCAUGACCAGAGACGACUUGUUCAACAUCAAUGCCUCCAUCAUCAAGGGCUUGGCCGAAGGAAUUGCUGAAUCGGCACCAAAGGCCUUUGUGUUGGUUAUCUCUAACCCUGUAAACUCCACCGUGCCAAUUGUCGCUGAAACCUUGAAGCAAAAGGGUGUCUACGACCCAGCCAGAUUGUUUGGUGUCACCACCUUGGACAUCGUCAGAGCCAACACCUUCAUCUCGCAAUUGUACCCUAAGGAAUCUAAGCCUUCUGACUUCAACAUCAACGUGAUUGGUGGCCACUCCGGUGAAACCAUUGUGCCAUUGUACUCGCUCACCAACUCCAAGUCGUACUACAACAAGUUGUCUGCAGACCAAAAGAAGGAAUUGAUCCGCAGAGUGCAAUUUGGUGGUGACGAAGUCGUCCAAGCUAAGAAUGGUGCUGGUUCCGCCACAUUGUCUAUGGCUUACGCUGGUUACAGAUUGGCUGAAUCCAUCUUGAAGUCGUUCACCUCUUCUGAGGAAAUUGUCGAAUGCACCUACUUGAACUUGGAUUCGUCCAUCAAGGGCGCCGAUGAAGCCAAGAAGUUGGUUGACGGCUUGGACUUCUUCUCCUUGCCUGUUGUCUUGUCCAAGAACGGUAUUGCUGCUGUUAAGUACGACAUCUUGAACCAGAUCAGUGACGAAGAAAAGCAAUUGUUGGUUGUCGCCAAGGAUCAAUUGGCUAAGAACAUCGCCAAGGGUGUUGAGUUCGCUACCAAGUAA